AUGGGAGGACCCGGGGCAGAAUCUGUCAGGAAGGCCAAGGCAUAUACACACUUUGUUUGCGUAAUCGAGAAGCCACUUAAAAUUUCACAAACCAAUCUCGUAAUCUCCUUCUCGAACUCUGACUUAGAGGGUCUCAACUGGCCUCAUAAUGAUGCAAUUGUCUUACAACUAGUCGUGGCAAAUCGGCCCUUCCAUAGGGUGCUAAUUGAUACUAGAGCAUUUGUAGAUCUUAUGUGUUAUGAAGCCUAUGAAAAACUAUGUUUUGGACCGAAGAAACUAAAGGCAGUUGCCAGACCAAUAUAUGGUUUUUCAGGAAUGCCAUCUGAAAUCGAAGGAAUGGUAGAUUUACUAGUGAUGAUGGGAGAGGAAACAAGAUCGUCCACCGUCAUGGCCACCUUCAUGGUGGCAAGGGUGGCUUCAGCAUACAAUGUGAUCUUGGGUAGGCCAGGCUUGAAUAGUUUGGGAGUGGUGGCUUCGGCCAAGCAUGUGAAGGUAAAAUUGCCAAUAGAAAAUGGAGGGGGAGAAUGUCGAGCAAGCCUGAAGGAAGUAAGGGAAUGUUAUACCAACUUCGUCAAGGCCAACAAAAAUUCUUGUCUGGACAUAGCUUGUCCCACUGAAAUAAUUGAUGCCAGAGAUGAAAGGGCCAUGUAG